GGCACAAAGUUCACCAGGCGUUUCUGUGGACACAUCCAGCUACGACGGUUGUCCACGAAGAAGAAGACGACGACGUUUCUCCGACCAACACCGACCCGGUCUCCGUCAUGACGUCCUACCUGCUUUACUCCUUGUUCACGGCCUUGGCAGUGUUGCCUUUGCUACUUUACAAGAGAAACCGCUACUUUUUCACGGAUCUUUGUUACGCCGUGAAGCUGCUGAAAGUGGGCCAGAGAAUGAGAAAGUACACGCAGCACAAACAGCUCCACAGCAUCCUGGACUGUUUUCUGGACCACGUUAGAAAGCAGCCGAACAAAACGUUCAUUGUUUUCGAGGACCGCUCGUACACGUACAGUCAAGUGGACCGAGAGAGUAACCGAGUGGCCAGAGCUCUGCAGACCCACGCCGGGCUCCAGCAGGGGGACACCGUGGCUCUGUUCUGUGGGAACGAAGCCCACUUCGUCUGGACCUGGCUGGGUCUGUUCAAACUGGGCUGCGUUGUGUCUCUGCUCAACACCAACAUUCGCUCCAAGUCUCUGCUGCACUGUUUCUCCUGCUGCGGAGCCAAAGUCCUGGUCGUCGCCGAGGAUUUACGGGGCGCUGUAGAAGAAAUCUUGGUCAACUUACAAGAGCAGGGAGUCCGUGUGUUCAUUCUCAGUGACAAAGGUGAAGUGGAGGGCAUGGAGACUCUGUGUGAUAAAAUCCAGCAGGCCUCAGACCAGCCACUGUCUCCUGAGCUGAGGGCCAACCUCAACAUGAAGAGUCCUGCGCUCUACAUCUACACCUCAGGAACCACAGGCCUUCCCAAAGCAGCUAUAAUCAACCAUGAGAAACUGUUGGCCCCGUGUUUUAUGCUGGCCAUAGCUGGUGUACGCUCUGAUGACAUCAUCUACGUUUACCUGCCCUUGUACCACAGCUCAGGAUUCCUGAUAGGCCUGUGUGGAGCCAUAGAUAAAGGCAUCACUGUUGUCCUAAGACGGAAAUUUUCUGCUUCUAACUUCUGGAACGACUGCAGGAAGAACAACGUGACGGUCGUUCAGUACAUAGGAGAGGUUAUGCGCUACCUCUGCAACACACCAAAGAAAGACAACGACAAGGAUCAUAAAGUGCGAUUGGCUGUCGGAAACGGAAUCAGAGCCGACACCUGGUCGGAUUUCCUGCAGCGAUUUGGAAAUAUUAGAAUCUGUGAAUGCUACGGUGCAACAGAGGGCAAUAUCGGUUUUGUCAACUACGUAGGGAAAAUUGGAGCCAUUGGUAAAGAGCAUUUUCUACAGAAGAUGGCUUUUUCGUACGCUCUGAUUAAGUAUGAUACAGAGAAAGAGGAGCCGGUCAGGGACUCCAGAGGGUUUUGUAUCAAAGUCCCCCCAGGAGAGACCGGUUUAUUUGUGGCAAAGAUCGGAAAAAGAGCGCCUUUCAUUGGCUACGCCAAGAACAAGCAGCAGACAGAGAAGAAGAAGCUGAAGGACGUGUUUGUGAAAGGAGACCUUUACUUCAACAGUGGUGACCUUCUUAUGAUAGACCGUGAAGGAUUCAUCUACUUUCAAGACCGCAUUGGAGACACCUUCAGGUGGAAAGGAGAAAAUGUGGCAACAACAGAGGUGGCAGAUCUUUUACAAACAGUGGACUGUAUUGAAGAAGCCAACGUUUAUGGCGUCAAAGUGCCAGGUCAUGAAGGCAGAACAGGGAUGGCAUCACUGAAGCUGAGGGGAGACAUGACCUUUGACAGCAAGGCUGUUUAUCAGCAUAUAAAAAACUACCUGCCCAGCUACGCAAGGCCACGCUUUAUUCGCAUACAGAGAGAUCUGGAGGUGACUGGGACCUUUAAGAAAAUGAAGGUAAAGUUGGCAGAGGAAGGCUUCAACCCUGCUGUCGUUCAGGACCCUUUGUUCUUCUUGGAGGAUAAUAAAGGCUACGUGCCCAUGACUAAGGAAAUUUACAAAGCCAUCACAGAUGAAAUCAUCAGGCUUUGAAGGACGUCUGGAUCAUCUUCAUAUCGUACACCGUUCUUAACUACUAUCACUGUCAAGUAUUUUUAGUGAAUUUUUAUAAGUUUAACAGAACAGAAACCAAACGACACAGCAAUCCCACCCCAGACAUGUGCAACAAAUGUGUGCAGCCCAAAAAAAAAAAAGAGCUACUG